CAGGACAGCCGUGGGCCACGGGGGCUGUGCGCAGGGACUCCGGAGCUGGUGGGCCCGGGCCGUGCCCUCGGGAGCAGGGAGGCAGCAGGGCCGGGGCACCCCUGCCCGAGGGUGGGGACACAGACCUGCCUUGGAGCUGCCGGUGCCUGCGGGGCCUCCAGUCAGCAGAGGGGCCAAAGGCCACCAGCCCCUGCUCUGGGGGACUCGGGGCCUCUGCCACACCUGGCCACCUGGGCGCCCCACCCGUCUACCCCCAGCUCUUCCCUCGGACCCGCCCUAGGACGGCGGUGCUGAGCGCGGGGCCCUGCGCGCGGCCCUGAGGCGCCAUGGGGCUGCUGGCCUUCCUGAAGACGCAGUUCGCGGUGCACCUGCUCAUCGGCUUCGUGUUCGUGGGCAGCGGGCUGCUCAUCAACCUGCUGCAGCUCUGCACCCUGCCGCUCUGGCCGCUGCACAAGCAGCUGUACCGCAGGCUUAACUGCCGCCUGGCCUACUCGCUCUGGAGCCAGCUGGUGAUGCUGCUGGAGUGGUGGUCUUGCACGGAGUGCACCCUCUUCACGGACGAGGCCACGCUGCGGCGCUUCGGCAAGGAGCACGUGGUCAUCAUCCUCAAUCACAACUUCGAGAUCGACUUCCUGUGUGGCUGGACCAUGUGCGAGCGCUUCGGCGUGCUGGGGAGCUCCAAGGUGCUGGCCAAGCGGGAGCUGCUUUGUGUGCCCCUCAUCGGCUGGACCUGGUACUUCCUGGAGAUCGUCUUCUGCAAACGCAAGUGGGAGGAGGACCGCGACACGGUGGUGCGGGGCCUGCGACGUCUGGCCGACUACCCUGAGCACAUGUGGUUCCUGCUGUACUGCGAGGGGACGCGCUUCACGGAGAAGAAGCACCGAGUCAGCAUGGAGGUGGCUGCCACCAAGGGGCUGCCCGCCCUUAAGUACCACCUGCUGCCCCGUACCAAGGGCUUCACCACUGCUGUGCAGUGCCUGCGGGGGACAGUCUCCGCUGUCUACGACGUCACACUGAACUUCCGGGGGAACAAGAACCCGUCCCUGCUGGGGAUCCUCUACGGGAAAAAAUACGAAGCCGACAUGUGUGUGAGGCGGUUCCCUCUGGAGGACAUCCCGCUGGAGGAGAAGGAGGCUGCCCAGUGGCUGCACAGGCUGUACCAGGAGAAGGACGCACUGCAGGAGUCCUACAAGCAGACGGGCACCUUCCCGGGGCAGCAGUUCCGGCCGGCGCGGCGGCCCUGGACGCUGCUCAACUUCCUGUUCUGGGCCACGGUGCUCCUGUCCCCGCUGUUCAGCUUCGUGCUGGGCGUCUUCGCCAGCGGCUCUCCCCUCCUCAUCCUCGCCUUCCUGGGCUUCGUGGGGGCAGCUUCUUUCGGGGUCCGCCGGCUCAUCGGGGUCACGGAGAUCGGGAAAGGCUCGAGCUACGGAGACCAGGAGGCGAAGAAGAACUGAGCAGGCCCGGCCGGCCCCAGCGGGCGUCCCCAGCGGCCCGUAACCCCAUUAAACUGACGCGACGGCCAGCGGAACAGACACGUAGAAACUAUUUUUCUUAUUAACUGCUGACUAACGGCGACCAAUAAAACCUUAGUCACGAGCAAA